AUGACCACCCCCAACUCUCCGGAGGCUGUGGCCGAUUCGGCCAACAGCUCCGCCACCACGUAUGGCACGCGAUCGAGAGGUCGCAAUGCGCCGCGGCCCAACUAUGCCGAGGAUCGUGACCUAGAUGUGGACAUGGAUGCCUCCGCGCCAAAGGCCAAGCGCAACAGCCUGGCACUCACUAAUAUUGUCAACGGCUCCAAUCCCGAUGAGAAGACCUCGCUGGCGCAACCACGCAAGAGUCUGACCAAUGGCAACGGCGCAAAUGGAUCGGUAAAAGAUGCCAUUCCCGGCACUUCAUCAUUCUCCGCCAGGCCCGAUGAUGUGAAUGGUUCUAAUCUGAGAAAACGCAAACAACCCGCCAGCACCCCAAAUUCAAACUCGGCUGCCAAGAAGAUUUUCACUGAACCCCCUGGUGAUUCUGAUGGGGACUACUUCACCAAUAUGAUGAGCUUUGAAAACUCUGGACCCUAUCUCAAGGAUGGUCAAUUAAUAGCUGAUGAUGGCACCACUCUCGGUCUUAAUGACCAUGUUUAUUUAAUUUGUGAACCGCCGGGUGAACCAUAUUAUUUGGCUCGAAUUAUGGAGUUCCUUCCAUCCAAAACUAAGCCAGACGGUUUCAUUGAGGCAUUGAGAGUCAACUGGUACUAUCGCCCACGGGACAUCCAGCGCCAUUCUCCUGACACUCGCUUUGUUUUUGCGUCAAUGCACUCCGACACAUGUCCUCUAUCCUCGUUGCGAGGAAAGUGUGAGAUUCGCCAUGUGUCAGAAAUCGAUGACAUCAGUUCUUAUAAGAAAGCACGCAACAGCUUUUGGUACGACAAGAUGUUUGACCGAUAUAUCCAUCGAAUGUAUGAUGUUAUUCCGACAAAAGAUAUUAUUAAUGUUCCCGGCAAUGUCAAGAAGGUCCUGGAUGAGCGGUGGAAAUUCAUUCUCGUUGAGAUCGGCAAAGGGAAGGAAUUGACAGGCGCCGUCAAGACGUGCAAGCGAUGUCGUUUAUAUGCUGCAAAUUCGGAAUCCGUCGACUGUGCAGUCUGCCACUCAACAUAUCACAUGUAUUGCGUACGGCCCGCAUUGACCAAGAAACCCGCUCGAGGCUUUGCGUGGGCUUGUGCCGCCUGCAGCCGCGCUCAGGAACGCAAGCUCGAGGCACGCAAUACACCUUUGAUUAGUGGGGCUCGACCAGACGGCGAGGAUGUGGUCAUGGAGGAAGAAGAGGAGGAUGACCACCAUCAUACGAACGGCACUGCGAAUGGCAAUUCUGACGGCUCUCCCACGGCCGAGGAAGACCCUAUGCCCCAGCCUGCGACAGUGGAGCAGAUUGCACAGGCGAAAAUGUGGCCUUACCGCUACCUGGGUAUUCACUGCCGCGUCGAAGAUGCCCUUGAUUACGACGAUCGGAUCUACCCCCGUGCAAGCUCACGUUUAGGAACACGACACCAGGCCAUGGUCGCAGCUUGGCCAGGACGUGCAAUUGAAUACGUGAAGCCUCUGGACUUGAAAAAGAAGGCAAAGGCUGCUGGUGCGAAAAAAGAUGGGAAAUCCGCUGCCCAAGCUGCGCUGGAAGCCGCCAAGCAUGAGAGAGCCAACCGACCGAAAUGGAUUCAAGACGAGCCGACUGGCUAUAUCCACCGUGGAAUGGAUGAACCGGUUACAAUUAACGAAAAGACUGGAAAGCAAGCGCGUACCGCCGAGCCCCUGUUCAAGAUGCCGACUUCCGAGCAGAUCCCCGCCCGAGGCGAAGACGAUGCCCCAGGAUCUCACUUGAGCCAGGAGGAACGCGAGAAAUUUAUCGACGACUACAUGCGCCAAGCCAAGGAACUGGCUCCUGGUAUUGGUGUCGAGAAACACAACACCAACUUCCUAGACAAGGCGCUUUCAAUUCUCUACGCCGAGAGUUUCAAUGUGCAGGCCGCGCUUGUCAAGCUGAAGAAGGUCAACAAGUACAAAGAUCUCAAGGAGCCUCAUAUUCGACCGGAUGAACUCAAGCUAUUCGAACAGGGUGUCGCCAAGUAUGGAUCGGAAUGGCGCAACAUCAUGAAGCACGUCAAGACAGUUCCCAUUUACCAGAUUGUUCGGUUCUAUUACAUGUGGAAGAAGACCCCCGCGGUCGGCAGAUCUGGGCUGGUCGACGACGUGGCUGAUGAUCAUGACGAUUCUGCCUUCGACUCGGAAAAAGCGGUUGUUCAGAAGCGUGGAUUCCACUGCAAGUUCUGCUCUACCCGCAGCUCGCGACAAUGGCGCCGUGCGCCCUUGGUUCCCCCGGGCACCACCAUUCCCGCCGAACCUUCAAACAAGAAGGACAAGGGCCCUCUACUUACUGUCUCACUCUGUCUCCGCUGCGCUUUACUGUGGCGGAAGUACGGUAUCCAAUAUGAGGACGUUGACGAGGUCGCAAAGAGAAUUGCAAACAGCGGCAACAAGUCCUGGCGACGCCGUAUCGACGAGGAACUGCUGGCUCAGUUGAUUGUCGCCACCGAAACUCCGUUCACUAUCAACAGUGUCACAGCAACUACCGCGAAUCAGAUGGGCAUCCCGCUCGACUCGAACCCUCGACUGCUGCAGGAGGGCAAGCUCGAUCUGACGAAGAAGAAGGUUCGCCCUGAGAAGGACAGCACCGCAACUUCAACUAGGACGUCAGUUGAGCCUAUGCCGAAGAAGAAGGUGGUCCCCGAAAAGCCGGUGGAAGCUCCACCAAUUGUCCCCGAUCCACCGAAGGCCAAGACGCUACCAUGUGCCAUCUGCAACCAAGUUGAACCAUCCGGCGAGCAACAUCUUUCAUGUCGCGAUUGUCGUCUAACAGUUCAUCGCAAUUGCUAUGGCGUGCGAGAUUCGCGCGCUAGCAACAAAUGGCUGUGUGACAUGUGUUCUAACGACCGCAGCCCCUCGAUCUCUACCAACUAUGAGUGUGUUCUAUGUCCAGUAUCUUGGACAGAGCACGACCUUAUGGAGACGCCGAAGAACAACGCCCGGAAGAAGACCGAACGCGACAAGGAGAAGGAGCGCAUGGAGAAAGAGAUGGUCAAUGAGGCUAUCAAGCUCUACCGUCAGCGGCAGGAGGCCGUAGGCAAACCCGUUGGCCCACGGGAACCUCUAAAGCGCACUGCAGGAAACAACUGGGCCCACGUGCUUUGCACUCUGUGGACCCCGGAGUUGAAGUAUGGUGAUGCAGAGGAGCUCGAGCCAGCCGAAGGAUUCGGAUCUAUCCCCAAAGACCGUUGGCGCGAGACAUGCAAAAUCUGCAAGUCCAGCAAGGGCGCUUGUGUCUCCUGUAGCUUUACCGGCUGCAAUGGUCACUUCCAUGUUGGCUGUGCUUUCCAGGCAAAUUACCGGUUCGGCUUUGAUGUCACUCCCGUCAAGAGUUCUCGUCGCGACAGCAUGCGAGCUAUCCGCCUAGGCGAUGAAGUUGGCUCAGCAACACCUGUUGUCUAUUGCCCGAACCACAGCGUGUCAGGCACUCUGCAUGAAAUCGGCGAGCAGACUAGCACUGACCAGCUCAAUGCGCUCCAGCUGUUCGCUCAGACAUACAAACAGGCCGAUCUUACUCUCACUGGCACCAUUCGCAAAGCGGAUUACAUGCAGCAGUCUGUUCCAGCACCGCAACACCAUGCUCACGGUCAUGCUGCAAACCGACGAGCCUCGACAAGCACCGUACCGGUCCCCAAGGAUACACCGAAGGCCCAACCGGCUCCGAGUGAGGAUGCGCCCGAGGAUCCAAUGGAAAUUGACACAGAUAACCACGUUGUUCCGCGACCAUCUACUGAGGUUGAGACCAACCGAAAGUGUUUCCGCUGUUCUACCGGAUUUAGCCCCAAGUGGUGGACUAUUCCAAGACGCCCUGAUUACAGACCACCUAUGUCCAACGGAACAGGACAUCAUCAUCCGCACCCGGCCUUUGCUGCCAAUGGAGACCAUAGCGAACCGACCUACGAAUGCCACAAGUGCCACCUGAAGAAUCCGGCACCGCCCCCUCCGCCUGCACCUGAACCUUCGCCUGUUCCUCGUCCCUCGCCUUACUCUGAGCAACGUCAACAAAUGCCAUCCCUUCCCCGUAUGCCUGGCCAUGCAUUUGUGCCGCACCCACACCCACACCCACACCCUCCUCCCCCGAGUGGUGUGAUUGGGCGACCAAUGCCUCCAGCUCACCCGCACAAUGGAAUCCCUGUAUCAGGCUACACCGGGCCAUACGAGCGACCCCCGCCUGACAAUGGCCUUCGCAACGGCAUGUCGUCGUCUCCUUAUCCUGUGGCACCUCCACCUCCUCAUCACAUGAACAACUAUCCCCCGCCACCUCAUGCCGCAGGACCUCCACCACCACACUAUACCAGCGCGGGACCAGGUCCCCCACCGCCUCCUUACCCGGCACACCAGAGCCCAUAUGGACCCGUACCAGCACGCUCGCCGCAUCUCUCACAGCCGCCACCUCGUUCGUACGCGGCCUCCGCGUCUCCUCCGAUCGUGCAAGCAACAACGGUUAACCGCUCGCCACAAACCUCACUCAGCGCGCUGAACGGUGGGCCCCCACCUCGCAUGUACUCUGUCGACCGCGGUCUAGGAGCCCCGUCCCACUCACCGCCGGUGACUCAAGCCCGUCUCGAUCCUCGUGGUCCUACCUCUACCCCUCCCACUCGUCCCGAAGAUACACCACCCUCUGUCAUGGCGGGACCACCCAGCGCCAGCAGACAUGCGGGUGUGAAUGGCACAAGCGCAGGAACCGGAGCCAGCGCCAGCCCCUCGCUGAAGAACCUCCUCUCAUAG